AUCGUUGAUUGGUGAACUCAGAUCGCAGAUUGCCAAUUUCAUCAGUUCGAGCGGCAAGACAAGAGAACGUAAUUCAGUCACACAUCACCGAUCGUCGCCAUGGGCUGCUCCUGGUCGCGACCCGAGCCGGUGGACUCCAGUGCCACGCCCAAUGCUCUGCAGGCGGGCAUUCCCGCCCAGCGCCACCAGCGCCGGCGGCGCCAGGAGGAGAAGCGUCUGCGCCAGCUCCAGAAGCUGCAGAAACGCAAUGCUCGAAAGCGUCGCCGCAAGAGAGGCUCCAGAUCCAAAUCCGGAUCCGAUCCUGGCGGACCAAUUUCGGGUUCCAUUCAGAGGCGCCGCCUCAGUGCACAAGCGAAUCCCGAUCUCGCCCUGCAACUGCGUCUGCUGGGGGGCAGCAAUGGCAGCAGUGCCACCGAGUGCGUGAGUGCCCUGUAUGCCAGGACAUUGGAGCAGCAGCGCGAGGAGUUCCAGCGGACGGUGGAGCAGAGGACCCUGCACCAGUUGGACCGGGAGCUGCACACCUUCCUGCUGAACCAACUGCUCCUAGGCGUCCAGUUCUUCGGCCACUUCGAGGCCGAGAUGGGGGUGGUCGAUGCCCACCUGUUGGCCAGGCGGCGUAACUGCUCCGCCGAGAACCUGGCCGAGCACAGCCUGAUCCAGAGCAGCGCCAUCGACGCGGCUGUCGCAAGGAACCUGCUCUUCCAGCCAGCAUCCUCGAAGUCACCGCCACAGCCUCUGCAGAAGCCCCUAACCUAUGUGGUCUUCGAGAACGUGGACGUGGCCCGACCCCACGACGCCAACUAUGACACCGUGGCGGCGCUGUGCAAGGUGCUCCUGGAGACGGACUACUACAGCACCACGCCCUGUCGCUCCGAGUUCGUCAAGCUGAUGGAGAUCACCCGCUGGAUGGGCUAUGUGCGGCUCAAGCUGCGCGAGCAGACACCGAAUCCUCCGGCGGACAGCGGAUGCAGCUCCCCCCUGCCGGCCAGCAGCGAUGAGGAGGGCAUCAAUGCGGAUGCCUGCUCCUCAUCCUCGGGCUACAGUUCGGGGGACUACGACUAUGUGUACCUGGCCAGGUUGAAUACGCCGCGUCCGCUGGAGGAGUUGCGACUUGGUGGGAAGCUUGAUCUAAAGAGGAACGUCCUGCCGGAGAGCUGCAUCCGGCGACUGGCCAACUGCCUGCCCCCCUGGCUGGAGCAAACCGACGACGAGGCGUCCUCUUGCGCCUCCAGCAGCGAGGAGGAGCAGGAGGAGGAGGAGGAGGAGGAGGAGGAGCACGAACACGAGCAUAGAGGGGAUCACAAGUACCCACCGGCUGGCUAUGAGACCGUCCAGGUGCUACGCCAGUGCCAGGUGGAGCAACUGCAGCAGUGCUACCUCAGUUCGCAGCAGUUCAUGCUGUAUUUCGGGGAACUGCUCCGCCAGCACUUGGCCGGCCAGCUGGGCAUCAGCCAGUCCCAACUGGCCGCCGGCUCCUAUCGCGGCUGCAGUGUUUACACCGCACGCGAGGAGCUGGUGCCCGCCAUCCAUGUGCCCAACUCCUGGCCAGACUGCGCCUUCGAGUUCUGGCUGAGGGCCCGUCCGCGCCUGACCAACAUCCACACCGCCGAGCAGUUCCAAUGGCCCACGGAGCAGAUGAAGAAGCGCAUCCGAUCCUUUGGCUUCCAUGUGGUCCCAGUGGGCUAUGCCCCGAAGCACUCGCGCAAUCCCUUCAGGGAGCUGGAGUGGCGCAUUGUCUUCCCGCAGGCGGAGCAGUUCCUCGAGCGCCACUGCCUGACGCCCAUGCAACUGAAGGUCUUCCAGCUGAUGAAGCUGCUGGUCAAGACCUUCGUGGAGGACACCUCUUCCGCCGGCCAAUCGCCGGAGGCCCUGCUCGAGCAGCUGAGGGCCCACCUGUUCUGGCAAUGUGAGGGGCACAGCAAUGACUGGCCGGAGGAGUUCCUGGGCGAGCGCCUGGUUCGGUUCAUCCGCUCGUUCGACGCCUGUUUGGCCAGGAAACACCUGAGCGACUACUUCAUCGAGCGGCGGAAUCUCUUCGAGCACGUUCCGGAGGACACGCUGAUGAAACUGCGCACCAUAAUGGCUGGCAUUGCGGAGCAGCCGCUGCUGCAUGUCGUCCAGGCCUUGAGAAACCUCCGACAUGCCCCGGAUUUCUAUCCGCAGCUGGACCACAAGCGGCUGUUGGACAAUCUCUUCAGCCAGGACUACCUGGAGCUGCAUGCGUGGGGCAAGUUUUCGCGUCCCCGCCAGGGAUUUCCCGCCCAGGAGAACCGGGAGGAUGACCAGGAGCAGCAGCUGGAGAGCGGAAAGGAGGACAUCACCGAUGCCCGGGGUCUUUUGGGAUUGGCCCAGCAUCAAGAGCGUUCGAGGGGAAAGCUGCGCAGGAAGACACAGCUCCUGAAGGCCACCAACCAGCAGCUCCAGCUCUCGGUGGCGGAACAAAGACGCUCCUCGCUGGACUUUCUGGACCUCCAACUGCUCCUCACGCGGCCCAAUCCUGAGGCUGCCAGCCAGGACACGGCCAAACCGCAACUCAACAACGGCUUGGAGAUCUUGCGACGCAGCAAUCUGCUCGAGCUGCUGCUGGAUCACCUGCUGGCCAUGUUGGCCCACGCCACUCGCCUCGGCAAUCGGGGACAUGCCCAGCUUUACCUGGAGCAGGGCCAGAGGUUGUGUCGCCUCUAUCAGCACCUCGGUUGCUCCCAGCAGGCGCAGCACUUCAUCCAGGAACUUCAAGAGGCAGCCAGUAGAAUAGAGGUCAUGUCUAGAACGCCUUUGCCAAACAGAGCAGGAGGAAGUCCUCCGCUGGAGGACGAAUCCCCGCCGGUGCGGAGAAAGUCCAUCAAGUUCCAGGAGCAUGUGGUGCAAAUACACUCACCAGAUCCGCUGGCGAGGCAGAAUCAUAUGUCCCAUCUUAAAACGCACAAACUCAAUGGGAUUCUAAGGGGGAAUCACUAUGAGGAGCAAAUAGAAACCCCACAGGAGGAAGACAACAAAAGCACAUUGCAGGAAAUACAAAUUGGCAUGGAGGAGCACACAAAAAGAGUGGAAACUAUGGAGGCCCCAAAAGAGGAUGAUAUAGAAAAUCAAACAAAAGAUGAAUCGGAAUCGGGAGGAACUCCCAAGGGGGAGACUCUUCUCUCGCUUAACGGAAUCCUCCAGAGACUCAAUCUAGAUACGGAUAAGAUGCAAAUGCUGAGCAGCAAGACGGAGCAGCUGGUCCAAAAAGUCGCUCCUUCUGAGGCCAAACGGGAUGAACUCAAAGAUAUCCUCAAGCGCAAGACGCAAAAGCUCAAGGGCGCCCUAAACUAAAGAUAAUACUUUAAAGAUUAGCCCCCGGGAGAUAUUGAUACAGAUAAACCAGGAGUGAUAAAGAACGCAAGAGAUAAGGAUGGGAUUUACUAGUUACAUAGGUCACAAACACUGUACAUAUGUUGAUAUUCUCUGAUUCUAGAACAUAUACUUGUAAUAACCAAUCUGGAAAUCUGAUGAUUCGCCCCAUGAUAGAAAUGUUAUUGAAUAUAUUUACUAAAUAUAAGUCAGGGACAAUAAAUACUGAAAAAUAAAUA